GGCUACCUAACUCAGCUGCUUAGUAAGUGCCCUCCCUUAUUUAGGAUCAGCAGUAAUGACAAUAGGCUGUGACGUCACUUGUAAAUAUACAGCAACAUGACAUCAUACCCAGAAGAAUCAUGGGCGAUAAAACCAAAGAAAUAGAACAUCAAUCAACUACAACAUAAUUAGACAGUAAGCAGUUCAUAUUACGUCACGAUGGCUUCACACGGAAACCCAACCAACGGUCCUCAGAGCGAUGCUCAACCUGAGUCGUCAGCAGCUUCGGAAGUUGGAAAGACCAAUAUCACCACCGACGGCUCUGUAGUGACUUCCACCGACCCCACCACCAACCCGUCCGCGGGGAUCGGUCAAAAGCUCAAAGGCGACGUAAGCGGCGCAAUUCAUGGGAGCAUCGGAAGCGUCCAGGCUGCCGCGGGCUCUGUGCUAAGGAACAAGGCGAUGGAGGAAAAGGGCCGAACCAAAAUGCAAGAAGAGGACGAGCGGCUGGGUGCGAAGCGAGGCGUCAUGCCGGUAGGUUCCGGACAGAGGCACGCGAAAGGAGAGGUCUAAAGUGGAACCGCGUUUUCGGUGCGAUGAUCGUUACGGACGAUGGUGUAAAAUGUACGAAGUAUGAAUUAUAUCCAUAACUAAAAGGAAGGCCACCAGACCUUCCAACUUCUAUCUGAUUUUGUUACUUCAGUAUCUUGCAAAAAAAAAAAAAAAAAA